AUGGCAUCAUAUCUCAAUUUGAUGCCAACCCCACGCAUUCCUCGCUCCGACGCCAACCGCCUCAAGGGCAAGCAGCUGGCCCUUGCCUUCUUCACUCAGAAGGCCCCUGGCAGUUCUACGUGGGUGUGUCGCUGUGGUAAAGAACGCAUCCAAAAUGGUUCCGGGUACACCAACAUGUGCUCCCAUAUAACGCAAUGCCACCCCGAGCACCUUGAACUCUAUGCUGGUGGAGAGCACAACGAGCUCAUUCUGCGCUACGCUACGAUCCCAAAAAAGUCGAAAACGAUUUUUGAUUGGCUGAAAUGGGUCACCGAAUUGCUCCUGCCGUUCAGCUUUGUUGCCAAUCAAAUCGUUCGCCGUUACACGAAUUUGGACCCAAUAUCUCGCACGACUUUUAUGAAAUAUUUGGGACUGUGCACCUCGGUGGUUGAACAAAAUAUUCGGGAGAAGUUGCCCGACGCAUUUGCCCUGGUGUUUGAUGGCUGGUCCCAUGGCUCUACGCACUACGUUGCCGUCUUUGCCACGUUUCCAUCGGACCACAAACUGGAAGUGAUUCGAGCCUCAGGUAACAACAACUACCGUAUUCCGCAUGUGAGGAAGGCUGCGCUUUCCCGCCAAGGCGUGCUGCCUGAAGUGGUUGUGGCGGAGAAGGACGUCAUCGAGUCAAGGCUUAGGCUUCUUCUGAGUGCUACUGAUGUCGAAGCUAAGGUGAUCGAACUUUCUGUUGAAGUGGCUAACUGGUUGGAGAUGGGUGACAUUUGCUCACAACUGGAGCAACUCGUUGUCGUGAAUGAAGACGACGAAAUCGACAUGCUCGAACUCUUGCAAUUAAACAUUGAAGAAUAA